CUUUCAGAAUGACAGUAUGCAGAAGUGAACAGUGCUUGUUCAUUGUACAGGGUCAUCCUGGCUUCUGUGCUCCAACGCAGUUUCCUUAGCUGGAUCAGGGAGGGGGGGUGUACUACUAACUAUGAGAACUGCUGCCCAGUGGAAUACAGACGGGUGAAUUCAGACAGCUGAGCAUCACUUGGAGGGAUCGAUCAUGCUUUUUGCACCGAGUGAUUUUAGAGAAGCCGGUUCCUGAAUGUAACAAUGCCAAAACGCUCCAUCCAUGAAGAUCCUAUUACCUAGGAAGAACUUGACAUUCUGCGGUGUUGGGAUUUAUUUAUUCUUGGGGUAUUCUGCAUGGCUGGCAAAGAAUAAUGUUCCAAAAUCGGUCCAUCUCCCAAGGGGUCCCAUUUUUCUUCCUGGGUGUCAGCAAGCCCUGACUCACCACAGAGCAGCUGACAGGGGCUGUCAUGCUUGUGGCACCCUAAGCAAAAGCAAAAGACCUAAGGACGACCUUUGAAAACACAAAGGAUGGGUUUCAAUGUAUUUAGGCUACUGAGCGGAUCAGCUGUAGCCCUGGUAAUAGCCCCUACUGUAUUACUGACAAUGCUUUCAUCUGCUGAACGAGGAUGCCCCAAGGGCUGUAGGUGCGAAGGCAAAAUGGUAUAUUGCGAGUCCCAGAAAUUACAGGAGAUACCCUCAAGUAUAUCAGCUGGCUGUUUAGGUUUGUCCCUUCGGUACAAUAGCCUGCAGAAACUAAAAUACAAUCAGUUUAAAGGUCUUAAUCAACUCACCUGGCUCUAUCUAGACCAUAACCACAUCAGCAAUAUUGAUGAAAAUGCUUUCAAUGGAAUACGCAGGUUAAAAGAGUUGAUCCUGAGUUCCAACAGAAUUGCCUAUUUUCUUAAUAACACCUUCCGACCGGUGACCAAUCUCCGGAACUUGGAUCUCUCCUACAACCAGCUGCAGUCGCUGGGAUCUGAACAAUUCAGGGGCUUAAGGAAGCUGUUGAGUUUACAUUUGCGGUCUAAUUCCCUGAGAACCAUCCCUGUCCGAAUUUUCCAGGACUGUAGGAACCUCGAACUGUUAGACCUGGGCUACAACAGGAUCCGAAGCUUAGCGAGGAAUGUCUUUGCGGGCAUGAUCAGGCUGAAAGAGCUUCACUUGGAGCACAAUCAAUUUUCUAAGCUCAACUUGGCACUUUUUCCAAGGCUAGUCAGCCUUCAGAACCUUUAUUUACAGUGGAAUAAAAUCAGUGUUAUAGGACAAACAAUGUCCUGGACCUGGAGCUCCUUACAAAGACUUGAUUUAUCUGGCAACGAGAUAGAGGCUUUCAGUGGACCUAGUGUUUUCCAGUGUGUGCCCAAUUUACAGCGCCUCAACCUGGAUUCCAACAAGCUCACGUUUAUUGGUCAGGAGAUUUUGGAUUCUUGGAUAUCUCUCAAUGACAUCAGCCUGGCUGGGAAUAUAUGGGAAUGCAGCAGAAACAUUUGCUCCCUGGUAAACUGGUUAAAAAGUUUUAAAGGGCUGAGGGAAAAUACCAUUAUCUGUGCCAGCCCUAAAGAGCUGCAAGGGGUGAAUGUUAUUGAUGCCGUGAAAAAUUACAGCAUCUGUGGCAAAAGUACUACAGAAAGGUUUGAAUUGCCACGGGCUCUCCCAAAGCCAACCUUUAAACCCAAAGUGUUUAGGCCGAAGCAUGACAGUCAGCCCCCUCCGCCCCCCACCGUCGGGGCCACCGAAGCCAGCCUGGGUCCCGAGCAUGACACCGAGCACAUCUCUUUCCACAAAAUCAUCGCAGGGAGCGUGGCCCUGUUCUUGUCAGUGCUGGUGAUCCUGCUGGUGAUCUACGUGUCGUGGAAGCGUUACCCUGCCAGCAUGAAGCAGCUGCAGCAGCGCUCGCUCAUGAGAAGGCACCGGAAAAAGAAGCGGCAGUCCCUGAAACAGAUGACUCCCACCACGCAGGAAUUUUAUGUCGACUAUAAGCCAACCAACACGGAGACGAGCGAGAUGCUGCUGAACGGGACGGGACCCUGCGCCUACAGCAAGGCAGGCUCCAGGGAAUGUGAGAUACCUUUAUCUAUGAACGUGUCGACGUUUCUUGCAUACGAUCAGCCCACGAUAAGUUACUGUGGUGUACACCAUGAACUUCUUUCUCAUAAGCCGUAUGAAACAAAUGCACAGGAGGAAACUAUGGAGACGCACUUAGAAACUGAUCUGGAUCUGAGCACAAUCACAACAGCUGCACGAAAUCAGUGAUAGCCUCAAUUGGAUCAUGUGGUCAGAAUUACAGCCCAGAGUUGCCACCAAAUUUUUACUUCUCAUGAAGGAGCAAGAUUUUCUUCAGUGACAGAUUCCAAAAUUCCUUUCAGUUGGGAAAAAAAGAAUUAUACUUUCAAACACAGAUUGUUUCAAGUCUACAAUUUGUAAUUAGCUAAGUUGUGCAGUAUUUUUUGACUUUAAAGAAAGAGUAUGAUCCUUAAAAUCAAUCUUUUUUCAAAACUCAUCCUACCUACCUGUAAAAAUCUGUACAGAUCUAAUGUAUUUUUUCAUAUUGUAAAGUUUCAGUAUACUGAGAUGUACUGGUAUGUACAGGACCAUGAUUUAAUUACAUCUUACUUUACAAAUUUCAGUUUCUAAAAAUUUAAAUUAACAAAAGUUAUAUCUUGUGUUUUAUUCAGAGUUUCCCAGUUUUGUAGGAACUGUUUUGUUACUGCUUUUAGGCCCAGAAAACAACAACAACCCUUCACUCUGAAAUUCUGCACUGUGCUCUCUACAUUGACUGCGUAGAGAAUUCUGUCUACUUAUUCCAGAAAUAAUUCAUUAACCCAAUAGGAGGUUGGAUUGUUCAAGCUUACAUAGGCAAAGGUGUGUGGGGUUUUUUUCCUAGAAAAAGAAAUCAAAGAUUUUUUUUAUCGUUCUCAGAAUUAACUGUUGCCUUGAAUUACAGCCUGGUUUCUAAAGCAAUGAAAUGUAAUGAUAAAAAGGGAUAUUUUAACAACAUAUCUCUGGAUGAAUGACUCAUUGUUUUAUUCUUUCAUGUAGUACUGUAUUUUAAAAACGCACCACAGACAAAAAGAGCAUUGAAGACAGACAUGGUAAUCAGAGCAACAAAGUUUCAUUCACUUGAGGAAAAAGAGCAAUUAAUGGUUGACUAAAAUAUAGUUUUAUUUAAAUUCACUGUAAUAACAGAUAAUACAAUUGGGUAGCCAUUAUUAGACAUGGUCUAAUUCUCCAGACAUUUGAUCAGUACAAGGAUCUUUUUUCACUGUUGCCGCUAAAAUAAUCAUAAGUUGAUAUGCAAAUUCCCAGGUUUCUACAAUUAAAACUGAUUUGACAUACACAAUAUAUUGCAUAUGGAAAGUUGUCUUGUAAGCCAUGACCUCCCCAGGGGCUUGAGCUGGGCUGUUUCUAUUCACAGCGCAAUCAGAACACAAACAGAGAACAGAGGAGGGAUAAUAUGCGGAGCUACACAAACCCUUUCAGAUUAUUGUUCAGCCAUCCUGAUACUUCUUUGGUUUUGUUACCUCAGACUGGAUGCCUUCCAAACGCUCCAUGAUGGACACAGAUCUGAUUUGGCACAGCAUCACAAAGAGUCCAAAAUGAUCACUGGCCAUGGCAUAUGGGAAGCUGCUUUACACAGACCUACCGAGCCAGGAACUAUUUUCAAUUGCUGAACAUGCAUGCACAGUUGCAGUGUGUGAGCUGAACAUUUCAUGCAUAGCCUCAUCCGGAUGUUUUCCCUUAGGAAUGGAUCACAUCCAAUGGAGUGAAAUGUAGAUAAACCUAUUCAUACAGUUCCUCCAUUAGUGUGUUGCCAUAUAAGUCUGGCAGGAACUUCCGUCAUGCAGUGUGACCCAUUCAAGAGCUAUGGUGUGAAUCAGCUCCAAAUCAGAGCCUAAGGAAAUUUACAUUUGGGAGCUGGGGAUGCUGGAAGCGCUGAGCUGCAUACUUGCUUCUGUUUCACUAUAGUAAACAUGCUUUUGAAUGCAUCUCAAAGUAAAAUCUUACACGUCUAAAAACUAAAAAAAAGUCAUACAUUUCAAAGCUAACAAAAAACAGUCACUACAGACAGAAAGGAGCAAAAAAAAUUAUGAAAAUCUCUUAUUCUUAUUUUUGUCCAUUUAUUGUUAGGCUGGAACAACUGUUAGCAGAUCCCAAAUCCUACAUUUGAAAUCAUACAUAGGAUUAAUCUAUUUCUGUUUCAUUAUUUAAUGCCUGAAUAUAUAUAUACUCUUUUUUAAAGAUUAAAACCCAAAGCCCUGUGUCUAGUUUAAAACACAGACAGAUCUGGACCAAAAGGUAAAUAAAUAUUAAUAAUCAUGUGCUAUCAAGUCAGUUCUGACUUAUGGUGACACUUUUCGUGGUUUUCUAGGUAGAGAGUACUAAGAGAUGGUUCACCUUAACAGUAAUAAAUAUUUUAAUACAAACAGACCAAAUCACAGGGCUGGGAAGGCGUUUAAGGAAUAUUUAAAAGGUCCAAAUCUAAAUAAAUUACUUGUGCAUUUCACCUACUCAUGCAGUACUUGCUGACUGCCAUUCAGUUGAUGCAGAACUCAUAUAUCUUAUAGAAUACAAAACUGUAUUAUUGCUAGGGAUAUUACAGUACUGCCACUUUAAAAUAAAGGAAGGUUACAUCAGUUCGACUGCUAUCCUAUCUCCACUAACCAGGGCAUAAUUCCAUUAAAGCUCAGUGUGACUUACUUCUGAGCAUAUAAAUACAAGAUUGUGCAACUAGAAUAUGUACAUUAAAGUGUUCAGAGGGUUACAGAAGACUUGGAUUUUCCAAAAUGUUAGGACAAAAAAAAAAUUCAUAUAGCAGUAACAAUUCUUUUAUAUAUAUAAUGUGUAUAUACAUAUAUAUACAUUAUUUAACUGCAAAUCUAUUUUUCUCAAUAUUUCCCUCAACUAUUUUACAGUGAAUUCAAUGAAUGAAAAUAACAAAUAUGAAUUCCACCAUUUGUAUAAAGCAACUCUAAAGAGGGAGGUACAUUCAAAAUGUUAAAAUUAAAAUGGAAAAGAAAUGUUAAA